AUGGGAUGGCUCUUAUCUUGUCGCCAGAACUAUGCCGAGGCUAUCGACAUGCUUUACUCUAAAAACACCAUCAUCAUGGCCAACGAAGCAAUGAUAACACAUCUUCCUCAGCUCCUAUUACCGCAGCGCCUCGCAUCCAUUACAUCACUUGAGAUCAGCUGGAAAUUGAAGUCUCGAGACAAGAACGAGUUUCGAAAUGUCAUUGAUGAGGCCGAUUUGAAGAACCUAUGUGGAACAAUAUCCACCCAGUUCCCGCAGCUACGUCGUCUUUAUUUAUCUCUCGAGCCCUUACUAAGGCAUCUUAGAUCACGCUGGGGCUCUGAUGCUUGGCCAACCAUCAGCGUUCAUCUGGACAACCUUGCGCGAAUGAUGCCGUCUCUGGCAGAACAUGCCGUCUCGCUGCCUGAUGUACCAUUCGACUCUAUCUUUUACGACGCCAGAAAGACAGACUUUGGAUCGUAUUCAGAAAUAUGCCGUUCUUAUAAUCAGAUCUGGCGAUCUGCUGACGGCGAAAUGGGUGUCAUUCGUCUUCCUUAUGUGGACAGCUAUCCAAAGGUCCCCUAUCACAUACCGUUCCCAACCUCCAAGUACAAAGGUUACUGGAUCCUUAAGGAAAGCAACAGGUUCAGCGUGCUCUCUACCGAUUCGUCCCCGAUAAGGGGCCCUUGCGUGUCUCACUAUGAUUCUGAUCUUGAGUCUUAUGAACUUGCAGACCCUCUGGAACUUGAUGACAUGAUUUGA